AACUGAAAAGUGGAGAGCCUUGGUGUGCGCGAGAGUUUUUGAUUGGGAUUGGAAAUUGAAAUAAAAUCCGGCUUCUUACAGUCGUUUUUGAAACACUGGUUAUUCUCCAAAUUUCAAAUAUUUCAUCAACAAAUGAAACAAGCUGAAAAUGGCUGAAGAGCAGGAGAUAAGACAACUAGAGCUCCUCUGCAAGCAAUUAUAUGAGUCCCAAGAUACUUCUGCUAGAUCAGAUGCAGAGAAGACUCUGGUUGUAUUCCAAGAUGGUCCUGAUGCCCUCACCAAAUGCCAAGUGCUGCUUGAUAGAGGGGACUCUUGUUAUGCCCAACUUUUAGCAGCCACCACUCUCACCAAACUAGUUUCUAGGAGUGCUCAGGGGCUCAGUUUGCAGCAGAGAGUGGAUAUCAGAAAUUAUGUGUUGAAUUAUUUGGCCACCAGGCCCAAACUGCCGAAUUUUGUGCUGCAAGCUCUGGUUACAUUGUUUGCCAGGAUUACUAAACUUGGUUGGUUUGACACCCAUAAAGAGGAUUUUGUGUUUCGGAAUGUUGUUUCUGAUAUUGGAAAAUUCCUACAAGGCUCCGUAGAACACUGCAUGAUAGGCGUCCAACUCCUAUCGCAGCUCACCUGCGAAAUGAACCAAAUCUCCGAAGUGGAAGCCAACAGAUCCCUAACCAAACACCGGAAAAUCGCCUCGUCGUUUCGAGACACCCAGCUGUUCGAGAUCUUCAGACUUUCCUGCACUCUUUUGGGCAAUGCGAGAGAGAAUUGCAAGAACCUCAACUUCAACGAUGAAAGUCAGCAUGGGUUGAUGACGCAGCUGCUGCGACUGGCCCAAAACUGCCUGACGUUCGACUUCAUCGGCACGUCAACGGAUGAGUCUAGUGACGAUCUCUGUACGGUUCAAAUCCCGACUAGCUGGCGGCCGGCUUUCCUGGACUUCACUACCCUCAAGCUUUUCUUCGAUCUGUACCAUUCCCUGCCGAACACCCUGUCUUCAUUGGCUCUUUCCUGCUUGGUGCAGAUCGCUUCAGUGCGCAGGUCUCUGUUCAGUAAUACCGAGCGAGCGAAGUUCUUGGCGCAUUUGGUCAAUGGGGUUAAGCAUAUUUUGCAGAAUCCGCAGGGACUGAGCGAUCCGGCGAAUUAUCACGAGUUUUGCCGAUUGUUGGCGAGGCUGAAGACGAAUUAUCAGCUGGGGGAGCUGGUGAUGGUUGAUAAUUAUCCGGAAGCCAUUCAGUCGAUGGCUAAGUUUACAGUGCAGAGUUUGCAGAUGUGGCAAUUCGCCCCAAACAGCGUCCACUAUCUGCUCAGCCUGUGGCAGCGAAUGGUCGCCUCGGUGCCCUACGUGAAAGCCACAGAGCCCCAUCUGCUGGAAACCUAUGCCCCCGAAGUAACCAAUGCGUACAUCACCUCCCGCCUGGAAUCUGUCACCGUGGUGGCUCGCGACGGUCUAGAGGACCCCCUUGACGAUCUCGGUAUGGUGCAGCAGCAGCUGGAACAGUUGAGCGUCAUCGGCAGGUGUGAGUACCAGAAGACGUUCAUGUUGCUGGUGCAGCUUUUCGAUCAGGCUGUGAGGAGUUACUCAGAAUUAUUGGGGACGCCUAGUAGACAGAUAGAUAUUACUAUACAAGAAGGUCAGCUGACAUGGUUGGUGUACGUGAUAGGCAGCGCCAUCGGCGGCCGAGUGUCCUUCAACAGCAACGAGGAGCACGACACCAUGGACGGCGAAUUGGUGUGUCGCGUUUUGCAGCUGAUGAACUUGACUGAUUCAAGACUGGUCCAAGGCGGCUGCGAGAAGCUGGAGCUGGCGAUGCUCAGCUUUUUCGAACAGUUCCGCAAGAUAUACGUCGGCGAUCAGGUUCAGAAAAACACCAAGGUGUACAGGAGGUUGAGCGAAGCUCUAGGACUGAACGACGAAGCGACAGUUUUGAGUGUCUUCAUUCGGAAAAUCAUAACGAACCUGAAAUAUUGGGGCCGCAGCGAACAAAUCAUCAGCAAAACGCUGCAGCUGCUCAACGAUCUCUCCGUCGGCUACAGCUCGGUGCGGAAGCUGGUGAAGCUGGACGAGGUGCAAUUCAUGCUGAACAAUCACACCAGCGAGCAUUUUCCCUUUUUGGGGAAUUCGGUGGCCAUCGCGGAAAUGAGGAGUCGGUCGAUGUUUUACACGUCGCUGGGCAGGUUGCUGAUGGUCGAUUUGGGGGAAGAUGAGGAUCGGUUUCACACCUUCAUGUUGCCUCUGACAGCUUCGUUCGAAAGCAUAGGAUCCUUGCUAACGACUGCAGAUACUCCGGUAUUCGCCCCGGACGAAGCCAAAAAAGCGCUUAUAGGAUUAGCGAGAGACUUGCGGGGUCUCGCCUUUUCUUUCAACACCAAAACCUCCUACAUGAUGCUCUUCGACUGGAUAUAUCCAGACUACACUCCGAUAUUACUUAGAGCGGUGGAACUUUGGUAUCACGAUCCGCAAGUUACGACGCCUGUUUUAAAAUUGUUCGCUGAGUUAGUACAAAAUAGGUCGCAAAGGCUGCAGUUCGACGUUUCGUCCCCCAACGGGAUUUUAUUGUUUAGGGAGGCUAGUAAGAUAAUUUGUAGUUAUGGUAGUAGGAUAUUAAAUGUAGAAGUACCCAAAGAACAGACGUACCCUUUGAAAUUGAAGGGGAUCUCGAUAUGUUUCUCGAUGCUCAAAGCUGCUCUUUGCGGUAGUUACGUCAAUUUUGGCGUUUUUCGACUGUACGGAGACGAAGCAUUAGACAACGCUUUAAAUAUUUUUGUAAAAUUAUUGUUAUCUAUUCCACAGUCCGAUUUGUUAGAUUACCCAAAAUUAUCGCAAACGUACUACGUUCUGUUAGAGUGCCUGGCUCAGGAUCACAUGACUUUCCUGUCGACAUUGGAGCCGCAAGUUUUUCUUUACAUCCUGUCGUCGAUAUCGGAAGGACUGACGGCCUUAGGUGGGCAGCUAAAUCAUUUUACAGAUACAAUGGUAUGUACGGGAUGUUGUGCCACUUUGGAUCACAUAGUAACCUAUUUGUUCAAACAACUUACCCAGAAAGUAUAUCCGGGUAAGGAGCAGCGAAUAAACAUGACCCCGGCCAGCGACAUGUUCCUCAAGGUGCUCGAAAUGCACCCGGAGAUCCUGCAACAGAUUCUCAGCACCGUGCUGAACGUGAUCAUGUUUGAGGAUUGCAGGAACCAGUGGUCGAUGUCGAGACCUCUUCUGGGUCUGAUCCUGCUCAACGAGGACUACUUCAACAGGAUGCGAGAGAGCAUAAUUAGAGGCCAACCGGCUGAUAAACAGGCGGCCAUGGCGCAAUGGUUCGAGAAUUUGAUGGACGGUAUCGAGAGGAACCUGCUCACCAAAAACAGGGACAGGUUUACACAAAACUUGUCAAUGUUUAGAAGAGAUAUAAAUGAUUCUCUCAAAGGGCCCAAUGUAAAUACUUCGUCUGUUAGUGAUAUGAUGACUUCUUAGUAACUUAAGGAUAGCUCUAAAAAUGUGAGGUUAUGUGCUGUUGUAUUUUUUUGUGAAAUAUUGUUAUUUAGGUACACUUUGCAUUUAUUCUAUUUGGAAAAAAUGUGUAUUAGC